AUGAUGCUACAAUCAGAUGAUGAGUAUUAAGAUUAGGUCUAUGGUCAGGAGGAGGAGUACUAAGAUGAUGUUGGGGAUGACAACCAAGACAAUCCAUACAAUGAAGUAUAUGUUUGGGGAGAUGACAGCUAUGGAUAACUAGGAUUAUGCGAUCUCUUCCCAGAAAAGUUGAUAACAAUACCUAAAACAUGCUCCUUUAAUGUAGUAAUUAAGAGUAUUUCCUGUGGACUUUCGCACACUUGCUUCGUAUCGGAUUAAGGCCAUAUCUACUCAAUGGGAUCUAACUCAAGCGGGCAAUUGGGUCUUGGAGAUAAAUCUAUCAGAUCAAAGAAUACUCCUACUAAUGUAGAGACUCUCGUUGAUUAUUUCAUAUGUUAAGUGUCUUGUGGAAAUGAACACACUCUUGCUAUUAGUGAAAAUGGAGUUUGCUUUGCUUGGGGGCAGGGGAAAUAUGGUUCUUUGGGAAAUGGCCGAAGUGAUCCAUAGUUUGAGCCAAUAUUAGUCAACUUUACUGAUCCUAUAAUAGAUGUUCAGGCAGGCGGACAUCACUCUGCCUUCAUUAAUAAGAAUAAUACAUUAUUCAUGUGCGGUGAUGGCUCUAAGGGACAAUUAGGUAUUGGAGAAGAGAUUGAAGGCGGGAUAUAUAAACCUUAGUAAGUCAGAGAAGAUGUGUUUAAGGUGAGUUGUGGUGAAAAUCACACUUUGAUUAUUGCAAAUAAUACCAACAGAGUCCUAGCUUGUGGAGCAAAUGAUAAGAUGUAAAUGGGAAUGGGGUAGUCUUCGAAGGAUUAUGUCUGGAAGUUCCAAGAAAUUGAAGCUUUAAGAAACGUAAAGGCUUAGGAGAUUAAAUGCUGGAAUUUCUCUGCUGUGAUUGAUGCCAAGAACAACUUCUGGGUUUGGGGUGUACUAUUUGAUAGUUAAGCAAACAAAUCUCUAUGCAUCAAGACUCCUGAGUAGGUUCCUAAACUUAAAGUCAAAAGUAUUGAGAUAGGAGAGACUCUUGCAGUAGCUGUUGAUUAAAAGACAUAAAAUGCCUUUAUAAUAGGAACUAAUGCCAAAGGUGAGCUUGGGCUUUUGGAUUAGUAGGCUAGAAAAAGCUUUGUAUUAGUCGACGAGAUUAGUGAUAAGUCUAUUGAGUUGAUUUCAGUAGGCAAAUCUGGCUAUGUAGUCGCUAUUGGCCAGAUCUUUGAUCCUAAUCAGCAAGAAUAUAAGGAAGUGCAGACUAGAGAAGUGGUCGAGUAUCCACUUAAUUAAGAUAUUAGCUAAAUAUCAAUGAAGAAGAGUCAGAUAAGCCAGGGAGCUCCUGCAAUUGAAGAGCGCGUUGAUAAAUCCAGAAAGUCUUCAAGCAAAUAAAAUGAUUCCGCCAAGGGUGGCAUACCUGCUCCUCAGCUAAGCUAGUAAGUGAAGUCAAAAGAUAAUGCUUUAAGAGAGUAUGAAUAGUAGAUUAGUAAUUUAAAAACUCAAUUGAGAGAGACUAACUAAGCGCCUUAAAUAUCAGUCAGGGACAAGACCCAAGCACUUUAGUCAAUUGAGCUAUAAUCUAAAGUAGUGUCACUAGAAGCAGAGAACUCUUAGCUUUUAUCUAAGAAUACUGUAUUAGAAAAGAAAGUGGAGUCGUUAGUCAAAUUUCUUGAAAAUGAAAGGAGAAUGAGGCAUGAUCUAGAAGAUUCAGUGAAAGAAAUGCAAAAGAGAGACUUUGAAGGACAGUAGAAGCUAACCAGUUUCAAGCAAAAGACUGAACAAAUAGAGCAAAAAGAGGCAUCAUUGAAGAAAUAAAUCGAUGACUUGAUUGAUGAGUAGAAGUAAAAGGGUCUUUAGGUAACCGAAAUGACUAAGAAAACUGAGAUAGUCAGUGAUGAAAACAAAACCCUCAAAGCCAAAUUAGAAAUCUAAAACUAGAAAAUCUAAAAUCUUGAAAGGGAAAAUACCAAGCUUUACAAAUAGAUAUCAGAUCUAAAUCAGCAAAAUACUGCAUAGUAAAACAAAUCUUAAAGAGGACCAUCUCAAGAAAGCGUUAUUCAAACAUAAAAUUAGUCUACCAACAUGCAAACAUUUGAAAACUAGAUCAGUUCACCCAAGAUUCAAAAUUACUAAGCUUAGGUCUACACCAAGCCACCUAUAGCUUCAUCCCAACCUCCUUAAUAGCAUUAAUCUGAAGAAAGAGAGAAGCAAGCUGCUGCUAGCAAUUUCAAUCCCCUAAGAGCUUAAAUUAAUUAACUCAGCUAGAAUUACUCAAGAACUUAGGACUAGAUUCAGCUCUAAUCCUACAAGAUUACUAACCCUCAACUUUCCAAUUCCCAUUCGGCAGAAAGACAAUAAUAGUAGAACAUUGGAGGCAGUUAUAAUAAUAUAGGAAGCAGCAGCAAUUACACCCUGACUAACAAUAAUAAUUUUAAUUAAAAAUAGCUGAGUUUCAGUUAGUCUCGAGAAGUGCUUAAUACUUUUGGAGCAAGUGAUGAAAGAGAAGAUAAGUCUCCAAGAUUCAAGGUUUAAACCGAUUCUCAUAUAAUGGUUAGAGGAAAUGCUUACGAGUCUGAGAGAACUCUCUCACCAACUCUAGAAGAUAUGUAAUCAAAGCCUUAUUUCAAUAAUACGGGAGAGCAUAACCGUGGGUAUGGGCUAAAUGGCACUCUUGAAGGUACUAAGUCUUCGGUUUUAUCUUAGUCAUUAAGCAAAUACUCUUAAAACUAUGAACUACAGCAAAGAUAGCCAACCUAUUAAAAUCAAAAUUACUCAGCUGAAAGAGAUGACAAUCAUAGCAGAGACCAUAUUAAGCUAACAGCAAGUUAUACUAAUCUUUAACAACAGCAAUUUUAAGCAAACUCGAUCCAUUAAUAAAACUCAGGAAAGAAGCAUUUGUAUAACUUUUCAACGAAUGAGAAAAAUGAUUAUAGUUCAAGUUCAAUAGAUCAAAGACAACCGAUCCAAAUACUAAAUCAUAAAUCUGAAUCAAAUAAUUAACCAUCAAUUUCUACUUACAAACCCCCAGUUUCCUAUUCACCGAUGAGAUCUAAAACAGCCAUGACUACUGAUAACAACAACUCGCUGCCUAAUUUCAAUCAAGAAAAUAACAACAGAUCCGCUCAUUAAACCAAUGAAAAAUAAGUGAGAUUCUAAGGAGAGUCUUUCAAUCAACAGUAAACGCAGUAAAACAAUCAGAAUCAGCAAAGAUCUUAUCUAUUUAGCGGGUCUAAUUAGUCUAAAGAGAAUAAUAACAAUAGCUACAUGUACAGUCAAAGUUAGUAAUCCAAAGAGGCAACAAAUUACUAUGCUACAAGUGAGUUUAAGCCUGGAACUGCUACUACUGAUUAAAAUAAAUCCUCACUCACCCAAUUCUCCUAUAAUCCUAAUAAUAACAAUAACAGUAGUAGUCUUAGAGAUGGAAGCUAAAACAGAGCACCACUAUAAGAUUCAAUGUAUCAAAAUAACAACAAUAUAGAUUAUAGCAAUUCAUAAGCACAGCUGAAUAGUUCUAAUGGAGCAAAUAAUUCUGAUGCACUCAACAAAAGUAGCGGUUUGCUUCAAGGCAUUAGAGAUAAGCUGGCCAUGCUUCAGAAAAGUAAGCAUGAAUUAGAGAAUAAAAUAUACAACUUUGAAUCAAAGCUCAAGGAUGGAACUAGUACUAGUGGAGGACAUGGAGGUUCUACUUACAAAAAAUACUGA